AUGCCCAAGGCAGCUAUCCAUAUUGACGCCGCAGACGCAGGUUCGGCAGGAUGGCUUAAGGGACCUGCCCUUGAGAAUUUGCUGGCACCUGGCCGUCCUGCAGCCGCGAACAAUGCCGAAAGUAUCAGCCAGCAGAGUAUCUCUGAGCAGAGCUCGGUGCCCCUGGAAGAGAGAAACUGUGUCAAGACGCUGAGCAGCAGGGCUGCCCCGGCCGAGCUGGUGACACGGCCGUUGUGGUCGUUCAGCAACAUCGCGGACAGAGACAACGCCGUCCAACCUAUAUCAGCCUCCUAG